AUGGACUCCAAGGAACAGAUUCGGGAGGCCGAGUCCUUCAAACGACUCACAUUCUUGGCCAUCGCCAUCUCUACCGUGGCCACAUUGACCGCCAUCAUCGUGGUCCCCAUGUUGUACAACUACAUGCAACAUGUUCAAUCUUCUUUGGACGAGGAACUAGAGUUCUGUACCCACAGAUCCAACGGUCUCUGGGAACAGUACAAAGCUCUCUACGGAGAACACGCCUUCAGAGCCAAGCGUGAAGCCACCUUCCGUCGUAUGCCUCACGGUCCAAAUGCCCGUGGCAGACGCGGAAUGAAGCGCGCCCGUCAAGCCUACGGAGGUGACUCUGGCUACGGUGCCGCCCCAGCCCCUGCUCCAGUCCAAUCUUAUGGUGGAGCUUCCAACGUCGGCAGCUACAACCAAGGUGUUGGAGGUGGCUCUUCUGUCGGAGGAGGAUCAUGCUCUUGCGGAGUCGGCCAAGCUGGACCACCAGGACCUCCAGGACAAGAUGGUAACGAUGGACAUGAUGGAGCCCCAGGACAAGACGGACACCCAGGACCAGAUGCUCCAGCCGGACACGUUCCAUCUGCCGCUGACUUCUGCUUCGACUGCCCAGCUGGCCCCGCCGGACCACCAGGUGGCCCAGGACCAAAGGGACCAAACGGUCAACCAGGACAGCCAGGCCCAGCCGGUCAACCAGGAAACCCAGGAACUCAAGGACCACCAGGACCAGCUGGUCAACCAGGAAACAACGGACAACCCGGAAACGCCGGACCACGAGGUCAACCAGGACAAGUUACUGACGUUCCCGGCAUCCCAGGCCCACCAGGACCAGCUGGCCCACCUGGACAGCCCGGCCAACCAGGACAACCAGGUGCUCCAGGAUCCUCUUCUCCAGGCCCACAAGGCCCACCAGGUGACUCCGGUGCUCCAGGUACCCCAGGACUUCCAGGAGGCCCAGGACAACCAGGCCCAGACGGAGAAUCCGGCAACGGAGGCGGCUGCGACCACUGCCCACCACCACGUACCGCCCCUGGAUACUAA